GGUUGGUAGGAUUGGACAAAUUCUAUGGCAGAUAGCAGACGACAGGGGCUCUUCGACCCAGGUGUUGUUUAUUUUGAACGCUAUGCCGGUAACGUCGCACUUAAUGAGAUUUCCCUUUAAGUGCAUUGCAAAAAGUUUUCACAGUUCAUGCAGAUCAAAAAGAAAAUUUACAGUGACAACUCCAAUAUUUUAUUGCAAUGCGGGCCCUCACAUAGGACAUUUGUACACUGCUGUCCUUGCUGAUGCUGCAACGCGGUUUCAUAAUCUUUUGGGCGAAAGGGACUCGUGUUUUGUCACUGGCACCGAUGAACAUGGAACUAAGAUUUUUCAAGCGGCUACUGCCAAUAAAAUGUCCCCAAAAGAUUACUGUGACAAAAUCUCAUCCGAGUAUCGUCAAUUGUUUGCAGAGAGUGAAAUUGGUUACACUCAUUUUAUCAGAACCACGCAAGACGAUCAUAUUCAAGCCGUCAAUAGUUUUUGGAAAUGUCUGAAUGAUGGCAACUUUAUUUAUAAAGGCAGCUAUUCUGGUUGGUACUGUGUAGCUGAUGAAGCUUUUUUGACAGAUGCCCAAGUAAAGGAAGGAUCUGCUCAAGGAGAUGGUCACAAGAUAUCUAUAGAUUCAGGACAGCCAGUUGAAUGGACGACAGAGGAAAAUUUUAUGUUUCGUCUGUCAUCUUUCAAAAGUGAUUUAUUAUAUUGGUUGCAAAAAGAAAACGUUGUGAAACCUGAAAACUUCCAUAGAGCACUUGUCAAAUGGCUUGAAGAAAAUGAUUUAGAAGAUCUAUCAGUAUCAAGACCAGCAAGCCGAGUUCCAUGGGGAUUGCCUGUUCCAGACAAUCCAAAUCAUACCAUUUAUGUCUGGCUUGAUGCAUUAGUUAAUUAUUUAACAGCAGCAGGCUACCCAAACAGCCAGAAUUUCACUAGUAAUUGGCCACCAACUGUGCAAAUAUUGGGUAAAGACAUCUUAAAGUUUCAUGGCAUUUACUGGCCCGCAUUUCUCAUGGCUGCAGGUCUAGAGCCUCCUCACCAAUUACUUGUACAUUCUCAUUGGACUGUUGAUUCAGAAAAGAUGUCAAAAUCUCGAGGCAAUGUGGUUAGUCCUCCUUCUCCAACUAGAGGAGAUUCCUUGCAAGAGCUUUUGGCCAUGCGGUAUUUUCUCUUGCGAACAGGCACUCCUCAGAAAGACAACAAUUUUAGUAAAGAGCUAAUGAUUAGUGUGGCAAAUACAGAAUUGAUGGGUGCUAUUGGAAACCUUCUUAGUCGGUGUACUGCUGUAGCUCUGAACCCUAAGCAAGAAUAUCCACCUCAUGAAGACAGGGUUCCCUCCAUUGAGGAGUGGAGCCUUCUUUCAUCGGCAGUUGAAAAGUUACCUGGUUUAGUUAGGAGUCACUACAGUGACUGCAAUUUUUACCUAGGAGUUGUGGAGACCCUAAAAGUAAUAGAUUUAGCUAAUCAGUUUUUCACUCACAUGGAACCUUGGAAAUUCUCAAAAGAACAACUUGCAGCUGGAGUGCAAAAUCCUAUUCUUCACGUCACUAUGGAAGCCUUACGUGUUUGUGGAAUUGCUUUGCAGCCUAUCAUUCCAUCCCUAGCAUCAACUCUCUUGUCCAGACUUGGAGUGCCAGAUAAUUGCAGAAUGUGGCAGGACAUGGAAAAUGUUAGUUGGAAAGGGGGACCUUCUGCUACUGGUUACAAACUUGGUUUGGGAAAUAUUAAAUUAUUUGAAAGAGUAGGUGAAAGUCCCUUGUUAACAGCACAGGCAAAAGUGAAUAGCAAGAAUGUACAAACUAAGAAAAAGAAAAAAGUUUUAGAGGUGUGAAAGUUUUACCAGUAAAAUGAGAUAAAAUCUAAGCUGUAACCAAUGUUUUUAUACAGUGUAAAAAUAAAUUUGAAAAUAACAUGCGUA